GUUUAGAGCGCUGUGGACCUGUGGUAAAGAUUUGAUUUACCUAAUUUUACCACGAAUUUCUUCAACGCUUUCAUAGCCAGCAGAAAGAAAGAAAGAAGGAGCGGCCAUUUACAUUACCGAUUCAGAGCGCUAAAAGAGCAUGUGAGUUGAGUCUGCUGAGAAAGAGGAGAGAAGCAACUGAUGGAAUUGUAAAGACCUGCAGAUAGCGAGCGAGGGAAAUGGUGAGACCGAGUGGACAAGAGAGACUAUCAUGGACCCAGGAAGAAGAGAUUGUGGAGUAGGAAGAAGCAAGAACAAUGUGUUUCCAUCUCCGAUUCCUUUUUUUGUUGCUCGUUGCUGUCAUUAUCGUUGUUCUUGCUUUUCUACCUUCUCACCGGGAUGAAGAAAUAUUGGAAGAGGUUCACGAAAUUACUCAUAGAGUAUAUUUGGAUGUUGAUAUUGAUGACCAGCGUAUUGGUAGAAUAGUUAUUGGGCUGUAUGGCCAGGUUGUACCAAAAGCUGUUGAAAAUUUCAGAGCUUUAUGUACAGGGGAGAAGGGAAAGGGUGCCAAUGGAAAAGAUUUACACUACAAGGGAACACCAUUUCAUCGUAUAAUCCCUGGGUUCAUGAUCCAAGGUGGAGAUACUGUUUAUGGGGAUGGAAGAGGAAGUGAAUCUAUUUAUGGUGGCAUGUUUCCUGAUGAGAAUUUCAGGAUAAAACACACUCAUCCAGGUGUUGUAUCCAUGGCAAACUCAGGACCCGAUUCCAACGGCUCACAAUUCUUCAUAACCACAGUUAAAGCCACCUGGUUGGAUGGGGAGCAUGUUGUGUUUGGUAAGGUAAUUCAGGGAAUGGACACUGUAUACGCAAUAGAAGGGGGAGCAGGAACCUAUAGCGGGAAACCCAGGAAAAACGUUGUUAUUACUGGCUCAGGUGAGAUACCCUUAAGCAAAUGGAAUAAGCAAACUGGCAAAUCUCGCCGAAUGGGCCUGCACCAGUUAACAUCCAUUUUAAUGUGAAGAGGAAACCCAUCGACUCCAUGGGAUUGGAGGUGGCAUCAGUUUUGGGGCUGCUAUUAUUAAUUAUUACUGUGGAAGAAGCUUAGGGGUUUGUUUACUGUUACAUACAUGUAGGCCCUACUUUGGCAAUCAACUGCAACUGGUACAAGUCUUCCUUCAACAAAGAAGAAAGAAAAGUUCGAAGCUACUGUCAUUGGCAUCCAUUCUCGGGGGAGCUUUUUGGGUGAGGAUUGGCGGUCUGCCUAGGUGUUGGUUGAUCAAAUGUCUGUGAGUGGCGAGGGCCAAUCCAUGCUUUGUUUUGCUAAUCAUUCUUUCAAAUCCUAUGGGUAGCAAAUGUCGUCUUCCUGCUUGGUGGGGCUAAUAUUACUUUAGACUCCUGUAAAAUUUUUACUCGGUUCAUUUUUUUUUCAAUCGUAUGGUCUAUUUUUUAAUUAAUUGGAUAUUGGAGUGUUCAACCCUCUUUAAACA